CUAGCUCCUGAGCGACCACAGCCGGCGAGACAUGGCGACGACGGAAACACUGGUCUUCCCCGGCCCCGACGGGUUCGACUGCGCAAGGCGGCUCCGCCACAAGAUGCUCCUCUCCUACCUCUCCCGGCAGCGCCUCUUCCCCGUCUUCCAAUCGAUGCUCGAGCAGACGGACGCGCACAUGUGCGGGAAUCACCUGCGGCGGCUGGUGUACCGGGGGCAGUGGGCCGACGCCCUCGACUACCUCGGCCGCUUCAACUCCCGCAACACCGUCGCCUCCAACGCCCUCCACUUCUUCCUCCACACGCUCUGGGCCCUGGCCAACGUCGCCGCCGGCGCCACCGAAGGUUCCGUCGAAUCCGCCGCGCACCAGCACGGCAUGGCACUGUCCAUGCUCAUCUGCCGCUGCGCCAGGCUCCGCUCCAUCGUCAAGGCCAUGGUCGACUCACCACAGCAAUGUGCCUCCCUCAACUGGGAAUCGACGAGGGUCAUGGCGGCGUCGCUUGCAUAUUACCUGGCUGACGAGGAUCCGGAGUUGUAUCGCCUGAUGCAGCUGCCCGACCACGCCCAAAUGCUCCCACUGCUCCCCAUCAGGCCAAGGCGUCACGUGAAACGACCACCUAGGCGCCGCACACCAGCAGGACGGGGACGUGCCAUCGCCAGGCUCUAUCUCAGCAAGAGGAGGGCAAGUCUGCAAUCUUCAAGCCCACAUACUCCUGCAUUCAUGGAUGAGUCACUGGAUCGGGUUGCGGGUCUUGUCGAGGAAUGUCUAAAUGCUGGUAAGCGCCAGAAGCUUCAGUCAUCUGGGCGAGUGCCUCGCUUCGUGAUUCCGCUUCAAAUCGCUCCUGGAGCUCCUCCAGUUUCACAGACCAACUCUGGGACAACAUCAGUGCCAAAUGCAGAUGUCCAUGUACAAGUCUGAAGCUGAAGAACAGAUGGUGAACCGAAGAUCGUUUUACUGAGUAGUGACUAGUGACUUUCUUUUUACUAGCUUUUCUGUCUAUGUGAGGCCUCAGUGCGUAGUAGAUUGUUUUGGUGCUCUACCAGCUACGCUACCGUGUAACUGUGUUAUCCACUGCAAGCCUCGUAGCUAGGACCUUUGGUGCUCACGUGAAACUCUGCAACCUAUUUUCUGAUCA